AGUAUUUUUACAUUCCUGCGUGUAUGUGCAUUAUGCAAAGAUUUAACUGCUGGAGGUGUUAGUAUUUUGUAAGUAGCCAAUAGAUAUUUUCAAAAUUUUAAACGUAGAAAGCGGCCUGUUUUAAUAGCAACAUAUUUUAAAUUGCCUUUUACUGGAUUUACGGAUCUAAUGGACCAUCCGUCCACAUCGAUAAUCACGCAAGUGAGCCGGGAUGAAGAGGCGAACGCUCCUUUACGGGAAAAGGGUCCCCCUACACAUGCUGCGUCUUCGUCAAAGAAGCCCCGCAGUCGUGGCAUUUUUAACAGUCUCUUCUGCUGUUUAUGCCAUGACGAAGCAGACCAAGUGCCAGUCAACAACAAUGCCCCCCUUUUGGUCGAGGAAAACGGAACGGUCUCGAAACAGGUACCAGCCAAACCACUGCUUCCACAGAUAAAGUCUAAAGACGUAGGGAAGAUCUGUGUAGUCAUUGAUUUGGACGAAACACUAGUACACAGUUCAUUCAAGCCGGUGAACAAUGCUGAUUUUAUCAUUCCAGUGGAAAUUGAUGGAACAGUUCAUCAGGUGUAUGUGCUGAAAAGACCCCAUGUUGAUGAGUUCCUCAAACGGAUGGGUGAAUUAUUUGAGUGUGUGUUGUUCACAGCAAGUCUAGCCAAGUAUGCAGAUCCCGUCUCAGACUUGCUGGAUAAGUGGGGUGCUUUCCGAUGCCGUCUCUUCCGGGAAUCCUGUGUGUUCCACCGUGGCAACUACGUCAAGGACCUGAGUCGGCUGGGCAGGGACCUUAACAAGGUCAUCAUUAUUGACAACUCACCAGCUUCUUACAUCUUCCAUCCAGAUAAUGCUGUACCUGUAGCCUCCUGGUUUGAUGAUAUGUCCGACACAGAGCUCCUUGACCUCAUCCCGUUCUUUGAGAGACUAAGUAAAGUGGAUGAUGUCUAUGCUGUUCUCAAGCAGCACAGGACUGCAAGCUAGCGGGGAUAGGAGAGGCAGCUUUCACCAUGGGGCCAGGGAGGCUGGUGGACAUGGGCUUCACACUGCUUCCCACUGAAAGGAUCUGCUUGGUCCUCUUCUAAUACCCACAAUUCCAUUCACAGGACAUUUUGUAGAGAGAUAGAAGAAAAAAAGCAAGAUGAAACUUGGUUUGGAGGAAUGGUGGAACUGUGAAGGACUGCUUAUCCCACAUAUAAACAUACACACACGCACACACAGACACACACACACACACACACACAGAAAUAAAUGUGUUGAUCAUUUUAACACUUGAAUAUGUGUUAUUCCUGUUUUUUGUUUUUGUUUUUGUUUUUUUCUUUGUAUAUAUAUUUUUCAUUUUCAAGUCAAGGUAGAGGGAAGCCCUGUUUCACUGAAUAUUAAGAAUUGUUCAAAUGAUAGUCUUUGCUGGUUUGUACUGAGUGAAUAAGAGCAUCUUUUCAAUG